GUAAAUGUGUGUACAUACAUAUAUAUAUGCAUAUAUGUGUGUGAUAAUUACAGAAAUUUAUAAAAAGUGAAUUUUAUAAAUACAGAAUUAUGCAUUUGUGAAACGAGAAAUGCUAAAUUAUUUUAGUAAAUGUGAAUGGAAGUGUAAUUAAAAUUAAUAAAUUAUAAACACAAUAACAUAAAAACUGUGCAAGUCUGGAAGUAUAUCUUGAAUUAUAAAGCAAAGAGAGAAAUUAAGAAUUUGUAGCUGAUUGAAAACCAAAAUAUGCAAAAUCUUCUAGUACUCGGCCAUACGUGUCAGUCGGUUAAAGUUUAAGAAAAACAAAGGAUUUAACACAGCGCAGCAGACCUUUUACGCGUGAAAAGAAAUUUUUUUGACUUAUCUCGCAAAAUCAAUGCAAGGUGAGUUGUACAUUCAACGUAUUGCUGACCACGAUGUGUACGAGCGUAUAAACUGUUCCGCCAAACUUACACAGGCCAAGUAAUUCCGCUGAAUUGUUCGAUUUUUCUGCGAUGACACCUGUGUUGCCAGAAGAGGAAAGCAGUGCGGUAAAAAUGAAGCAACGAUUGAUAAGCAACGUUCCAGCGAAAGAAGAGACAAGAACCUUGCUGAAUUUUUCGCGGGAGAACUUAAACAUUUCGCACUCCGAUCUGGAGCAAGGAUUCAAGAGAUCGCGACUGCGACUGAACAGAAUUAUGUGCGUGGCCGUUCUUAUAAUUUCUGUACUCUGCCUCGGCGUUACAAGUUGGUACCUGAGCUGUUCGCUGUUGAACAAGCGCGAAAUCGAGCAGCUGAAGAGGAACUUUGAGAGCUUGAAGCAUCAGUUGUUGCAGCGGGAUCUUAUGGACGAAUUGAAGGCUUUCGAGGAACAACUAUACGCCGAAGAGUCAUCCGAAGAUAAUGAUCCAGAUGAGGCAGACAUUGAUAAUGCCGAUUAUGACUCCAAUUACGAUGACGAUGGUUCAGCAACGCAUGACUAUUCCGGUGACUACCACCCGCCUUUGACUUAUAAUUCCAGUUCAGAACUAACUGAAAUUACAUCGCCGAUGCCGAUAUCUACGCAUUUCGAUUCCAAUAAAACUAUCAGCGAAUUAUUAUCGACUUUACGCAAAGUCGAAGCAAAGCGCGGAGACGAGUUUGAGAAAAACGUACGAGAAAAUCACAAAAAUAAUGAACGAGAACAUCUUAAGAAAGAACACAAAACACAAUCAAGUCAUGAGAUCAGUGGUGCUAACAGCAAAAAAUAUAAACGUGAUAUCGUAGAAGAUGCUGCAAGUACAAAUAAUAUUAAGGAAAAUAUUAAAUCGAAGAGAUCUGUGAGCGAUCGUACAAUGGCCGACGACCUUUCGACGGAUACAUCUAAUUAUCAAAACGGUAGGCGACGUCAUAAGAUACCUGGAUAUAGGUCCAGAGCAAGUGGUGAGAGCUACAGAAAUGACAAUUCUAGAAGAAAUUCAACACCACAUCCACCAAAGAAGUAUCAUGCCCACGCUCAUCCGGAGACAGCUCUUUCAGUACAUGAUGAUCAAUUAAGCGGAGAAAUUAAUCAACCUGACAGGCACGACACGAGCAAAAGCACGGAGAUUCUAAGCGAAAGAGUCAAUUGGCGAAAUGCACGUCACGACACCGCAGGAAAUAGAACUGGAAUACGUAGACCCAUUCAUGUUUACGCGAUUCACUACGGAGCGAACAGCGCGCUUUUUUCGGCGGAGGAUGAGCAUACUGGCAACGGCAGAGCACGACAUAACAACGGCAUCUUCAAGGCCUGGCAGCCGAGCAACUGGGUGGCUGAUUUAGGCAUGAACAACCAUUUUACACUUGCCGCCGACGGUAAACUCACUGUGCGCGAGCCGGGAUUGUAUCUGGUAUACGCGCAGAUUCAUUACUUGGACCAGCACGACGAGAACGGUUUCCAUAUUUUGGUGAACGGCAGUCCUAUUCUACAGUGUAUGGUUUAUAGUCCUGGUGUGGGACACAAGAGUCGCUCCUGUUUUUCAGCCCAAGUAACUCUUCUUCACGCAGACGAUCAUUUAGUCCUGAAAGACGUUGCAUCAGCGAGAUACACUCUUUUCCAACGUGACAAAAGUUUCUUUGGUUUAGUAAAACUAGGUGAAUUGAAAAAUCAGCAGAGACAUUAAUUGCAAUAAUCGAUACAUCUGUAAUUUAAAAUUAACAAAUUACAGACAGCGCUAAAGAAAAGGUAAUAAAUCUUUCUUGUAGUCAGCAAUGUGUAUGUAAUGUAAUAUGUAAUGUAAUAUAAUAGAUACACAUAUAUGAAAGAGCGCAUUCUAAUAUAUAUUAAAGUUUAGUAGUAAUUAUCAAUCUUAAAGUCUGGAAAUUCAAAAUUCUGUAUAGUAUAUACAGAAUAUAUAUAUAAUCACACAAGUUAUAAAUGAGCAAAACGUUAUUCUUUUGUAAACACUGAGGAAUAUAAGCAUUAUAGCACAAAUAAUUAGCAUCGGCUUAUUUUAUUAUAAUUCUGAUUUAUUCAAGAAACUAUGCAUUGUUUAAUUGAAUUAGUAAAUAAUUUUCUUUAUCCAGAAAUGGGAAAUUGUUCCAGAUGCUAUUCAUAUAUAUAUAUAUAUGCUUUUGUAAUUUUGUUAUUUUUUACAGCGUCAAAGAACCAUUUAGAAAAAUAGCGAAACAAAUUUUCCCAAAUUAAGGAAAUUAAAUA